CGCGUCAGAUAUGUCCGGAAAAAGCGCAACCUGCAGCGAGAUCAACACCGGACUCAACCUUCACGAGCACAUCCUGAAAUUGAUGGACAUGCCUUGGCCGAGCAAGAGACAGAAGCCUCAACAGAAGUCUUCAUCGAAGACGAUGGCUUCACUAACAGCCCCGUCACUUCUGAUGGGAUCAGUACAUGUAGCAACAACCAACCCCGUCCAAGCCGCACACAGACAAAUCCAAGACAACAUCACACAGGGGACAACUUCAGUUUGUCUUAUAUCGUUGAGGUGGUCCAUAGGCCAAAAGAUGGCUCAACGGAGCCAGUCAAAGUCCAUUAUCCUAUCCCAGCUUGCAUCGCGGACCAGUCGGCCUACAAUCAUGUGCCCAAGGUCAUAGAGACAAUCUCUCUACAAGAGGCUCUCACGAUGCCGGCUCCGCACAUUGCGGAUCAGCUCAUCCGCCCUUUCUUCGAGAUCAUGCACCCAGCGUACCCCGUAUUUGACAGAGAGAAUUUCUCACGACAUCAUCGCCAAGGCCAAGCGUCACCGUUGGUCUUGCAAACUAUUUUCCUGCUAGGUUUCACGGUCUGUAGUGACAGUCUCAUUGAAGAAGCUGGCUUCAGUGAUCGAGCUACUGCGAGAAGAACACAUUACCUCCGCGCCAAGGCGCUGUACGAUGCGGAAUAUGAGAGUGACCACAUGAAUCUUGUGGCUGUAUUGCUGCUUCUCGGGUUCUGGUGGGCCGGCCCCGAAGAUCAGAAGGACAAUUGUUACUGGGUCAACUGUUCCGCAACUAUGGCUCAGUCCCUUGGCAUGCAUAGGUCGAUGUCAAAUUCGGCCUUGAGCCCAAGAAUGCGGUCUUUGAGGAAGAGGAUUUGGUGGGCGAUAUACACCCGCGAUAGACACACCUCUGCGGCAUUCGGUAGGCCGUGUCGAAUCCGUGACGAGGAUUGCGAUAUAGAGCCUCUGACGGAGGAGGACUUUGAGUUUGACAAAAAUGGUGAUGAGAGACUCAUACCCGCUCAACACGAGUACCAUGUAUCAUAUGUCAUCGAGAUGGCAAGGCUGACUACAAUAUUGGGUGAUAUCAUCGUUUCCGAGUUCAGCCCACGUCGCGCCAUGAUAGAGAAGUAUGAAUCAAAGUCGCUGAAGAAUGAGCUCCUACGUUGGAACUCGAGUCUGCCGGAGCAUCUGCGUUCGGCGCCACUCGAUGGGUCUCUCGGUGCCCCAUUCUGGGCCAGCAUGCUCCAAUUUACCUAUCAAUAUUGCCACAUCCUUUUGUUUCGACCGAAGGCUAUCGAUAACCUUACACCGGCGGAGGCAGGAAGAGACAUGCAAGCUCGCAUGGCCGCGGACGCAAUCACUCGCAAUGCAGAAGACCAACUCGCCGCCGAGACCAUCCGAUCUGCACAGAUACAUCUUGUCCCGACUCUAUUUGGCGCCUUAUCAAUUCACACCAUUGUCAUCUGUCGUAAAGACCCGAUCCGUCGGCAACUCGCCGAGAACAAAUCUCGGCAAUGCCUACUGGCUUUGAGCCAACUGUCAAAGUCCUGGCCUGUCAGGUUGUGGAUCUCAAAAUCCUUUGUCAGUCUGAUGAGGAGACUCACUGGCCAAGGGUCCAUAGUCAACGUGACAUCUAGUAUCCAUGAUCCAAACUACCGAACUUUUGCCCCGCACGACGUGGGUGAAGAAGGCAACCCGACCAUGUUUAAUUCCUUUCGCGGCAGUGAACAAGGUGCAGAAUCCGCAGGCAUCAGUGCAUCUCAACCCGAAGCACUAUCGGGACAUGAGAACUUUCAUCAGGCAACUGAUCAGAUGUUUUACGACACGUUCUGGGCCGACUAUCUAGACAACACCUUUGAUGUUGAUCUUCUUAUACACUCUCACACGGGCUUUCCUAGCAAUCCUACCGGACAAUAG